AAACAUUCAUUCUUCUUCUAGAAUUCCAAUCCCCUCUGAGAAGCAUAUGUUCCUUCAAACAGAAAAUGGGUCUGGUGAUUCUGGACUUGUGCUUUCAACUGAUGCAAAGCCUAGAUUAAAAUGGACAACAGAUCUUCAUUCCAGGUUUAUAGAAGUGGUCAAUCAGCUAGGUGGAGCUGACAAGGCAACUCCAAAAACGGUAAUGAAACUCAUGAGGAUUCCAGGGCUUACCUUAUAUCAUCUAAAGAGCCAUCUUCAGAAAUACAGAUUGAGCAAGAAUCUGCAUGCACAAAGCAACAACAUGACACACAAAAUCACAACAAAUUCAGGUGCAGCAUCUGGAGAGAGAUUUUUCGAAACCAAUGGAACUCACAUGAACAAAUUAAGCCUUGGACCGCAGGCUAGCAAAGAUUUACAUAUAAGUGAGGCACUGCAAAUGCAGAUUGAGGUGCAAAGAAGGCUCAAUGAACAACUUGAGGUACAGAGACACUUGCAGCUUCUGAUAGAGGCUCAAGGAAAAUACCUGCAGUCUGUGUUGGAGAAAGCUCAAGAGACCCUUGGAAGACAAAAUUUGGGAAUGGUAGGACUAGAAGCUGCUAAAGUUCAACUCUCAAAACUUGUGUCCAAAGUAUCCUCUCAGUGCCUGAAUUCAGCAUUUUCAGAACUGAAGGAAUUACAAGGAUUUUGUCUUCAGCAAACACAAACAAACCAGCCAAAUGACUGCUCAGUGGACAGUUGCCUCACAUCAUGUGACAGAUCACAAAAGGAACAAGGGAUUCAAAAUAUGGGCUUAAGACACUUCAAUGGAAAUGCAUUCAUGGAACGAAAAGAAGCAACUAUAGAAGCUCCCAACCCUCAGAACUUUGAACUCAAAUGGUGUGAUGAAGUGAAAAAGAACACCUUUCUUACCCCAUUAGGCAAGAAUGAAGAAAGAAGAAGCUAUGCUGUAGAAAACAGUCCCAGCAACUUAUCUAUGACCAUAUUGGACUUGAAAGAGAAACAGAAAAUGACAGCAACAUCAUCAAGAUUGGACUUAAACACCCAUGGAGAUAAUGAAGCUGCAACAAGUUGUAAACAACUGGACUUGAAUAGAUUCAGUUGGAACUGA